CGUCACAUAAUACAAGAGAGAAACAGUAAAAGAGAAAGAAAGGAAGGAAAAGGAAAAGAGAGGAACGUACGAGAGAACAAGCGGACAGACUGGCAGACAGACCUGUCCGACUCGCGACUCGCGAUCUCGUGGUUGCGUUUCAGCUGCUGUCCCGUGCCGCUGUUCACUAGGCACAUUCGAGCACCAGAGGUCCGCGGCGUAGCAGUAGAUUCUGUUCGGUGUAGAGAAAAACAUACAUAUACAAUAUAUAUAUACUAAUCACACACACAUACACUCAAGCAUAUAUAUAUAAUACGUAUAUACACGCAUAUAUAGAAAGAAGGAGAGAUAGAGAGAAAAGAAAAAGAAACAGAUCGAAAAGAGAGUAAGAGCGAAGCGGGCGCCGUUACGAUAAAAGAAGUUUUUCAGAGAGCGUAUUCGGGAGCGUUCAAUGGUCGAAGCAGCUAUGCGCCACGCCGUCGUAGGACUCUUAGCUAGCUAGUUCGGACUCCGGGAGGUCUCGGGCCGCAGUUACGACCUCGAGAACGAGCGGGUUCGCCUCGCGAAGAUGACCAUAAUAGUCUUUUUGAUCGACACGUCGGCCUCCAUGAAUCAGAGGGCAUAUUUGGGCGGGCGACCCACACUUUUGGAUGUAGCUAAGAGUGCCGUGGAGACUUUCGUGAAGGCUGGCUGGAAGGAAAAUCUAGCAACUUUUAUGAAUGAGCUGAAAAAUCUACAAUGCGUUGGACUGACAACAUUAGGUGCAGCUUUGAAACAUGCUUUAGAUGUUUUGAAUAUAAAUCGUAUGCAGACAGGCAUAGAUACGUAUGGUCAAGGAAGAUGCCCUUUUUAUUUGGAACCAUCAGUAAUUGUUGUUAUUACAGAUGGAGGAAAAUAUACAACCAACAGUGGAGUUAAUCAGGAUUUUACAUUGCCAAUGCAUUCUCCUAUACCUGGAUCUGAGCUAACAAAGGAACCAUUUAGAUGGGAUCAAAGAUUAUUUUCUUUGGUAUUACGUUUGUCUGGAACACCAGCUGUUGAAAGAGAUACUGGCUUGGUGGCAAGUGAUUCGUCUCCCAUAGAUGCUAUGUGCGAAGUUACUGGAGGUCGUUCGUAUUGUAUAACGUCUUUCAGAAUGAUGAUGCAGUGUAUAGAUUCUUUGGUACAAAAGGUUCAGUCUGGUGUAGUAAUAAAUUUUGAAAAAAUUGGUCCAGAUCCUCCGCCUUUAACUAACGAAGCACAGCAUGCGGACGAUGAUGAAAACGAAGACGAGAACAAUACAGUAAAUGGAGUGCGAACAUACCCACCUAAUCCAACAGUACCAGGGAACACUGCAUGGCAUUCUUGUAGAAGACUGAUUUAUGUUCCAAGAUCUGCACAGAAAGGUUUUGCAGUUGGAUUCUGGCCGAUUCCUGAAAGUUUUUGGCCUGACCUUAGUGCUAGUUCUUUGCCUCCUAGGUCGGCACAUCCAAACGUGAAAUUUACUUGUACCAGUCAAGAGCCUAUGGUGAUAGAAAAUCUCCCAUUUGAUAAAUAUGAACUGGAGCCAAGUCCUUUAACUCAAUACAUAUUAGCUAGAAAGCAACCAACAAUAUGUUGGCAAGUUUUUGUAGCUAACUGCUAUAAAUCAAGUGAUGUAGGUCAUCCAUUCGGAUAUUUAAAAGCAAGUACCAAUUUAACGUGCGUGAAUCUUUUUGUUAUGCCGUACAAUUACCCAGUUCUGUUACCUUUGCUGGAAGAACUUUUUAAAGUUCACAGAUUAAAACCAACAAACGAAUGGCGAACGCAAUUUCAAAAUUAUAUGAGAACCAUGCCCACUUAUUAUGCAGCGUCUCUCAGAAGAGCUUUAACUAGAAUGGGCGCUCCUGCACCACUAGCACAAACGUUAAUACCUGAUAACAUGGACAACUCUUUAUCCUAUAGUGUGUUAAAUUAUUUAAAACGACUGAAGAAUCAAGCUAAAAUUGAAUUUGACAGACUUUGUAACGAAGUUCUUUCUAAGCAACUCGUUAAUGCCAACAUGACAAAGAAUUUAGUAAACGGAAGUACAACAACAAUAACGGAAGGAGUAAGAGUGAUACCUAGAACUCCUUUAAAGAAAGACUUGGUAUCACAUCCAUUAUUACAAGACAAAUUCACGGGAUUGAGGGAUCAACUAAACGAAUUUGGCGGUUUUGUAGUUGGAUUAGUUAGAAAUCAACAGCGUGGAGCACACAGUUACAGGAACGCAUUCGAUGUACCGCGGAAAUCUCUUUUAGAUCAAGUUGUCAGAAUGCGUGCCAAUUUCCUACAACCUGGUUUGUUACAUACGAAAUUACUUGACGACGAUUACGUUCAUUCGAUGCCUUUAGCUCAAAUGGGAAAUUAUCAAGAAUACCUGAAACGUAUGACUCCGCCUUUAAGAGAAAUCGAAAGUGCUCCUGUUAGACAACACAUGUUUGGUAAUCCUUUCAAAAUAGAUAAAAGAAUGAUGGUCGACGAAGCGGAUAUUGAUAUGGUUGGCGCAACGUCUUCGACAUCGAAAAGUGGUCUUAAACGUUCGUUGCCCGCUUCUGAUGGAGGGGGAUCGUUAGCUUCAAAGCCACCACCGAACAAACGAAAACCGGGUCCAAUUCCUAAAGACGUAGUUGUACGAAGACCGUCAUAUACACCUACAAAUACUCCACCAAGUUCGCCGGUACCAUGGGUUGAUGAAACGAAGAAUCAAGUGAUUCCAACGGCUGAUUCGAAUCAAGUUCCGUCAACAACUACGAACUCAACACCUAGUGUAUCGAGUACGCCGUGUGUGACUCCACCGGAGAAAUUAGUAAACGGAUUAGCAGAAAUGCCGACCAUACCAGUUUUCGAGCCAGUUCCCGUAGAACAUACAAACAAUCACAUGGAUGCUCCACCGACUUUAACACCGAUUGUUAAUAACGUUGAGGUCCCAAAGACCGAAGGAAAGACGGAGAAAAGUGAAAAUGUUAAAAACGAAUGUAACAAACUACCUCUUAACGAUUGUGUUGAAAAUAGUGUGAAGGUUGAAAACUCAGUUGACGAAAGGUUAUCCAACCACGUCGAAGAAAAAUGCGAGGCUAAAGUGGAGAAAGAUAAAGUUUUAACGAAAAAAGAAUUGGAAGAUAUCAGAAGACACAAUUUGUCCGUUCGAGAACUUGUUUAUAAGGAAGUGCGGAGAAGAGGUACAAAUUAUGCGACACUAUUUUCACAUUUACACCAAAUUCAAGGAACUCUAGAUAUACGACUUGCAUUUUUGCGAGAUAUUGUCAAAGAAUCAUUGCGAUUUAAAAGGCGCAACUUGGCAUCGUUACUAGAAGAAUAUUUGAAAACUAUACAAGAGGAUGGCUGGACUGUAAACCACAAAGUGAAUCACAAUGGUGCCACAAAAAUAAGCUAAGAUUUCAUUGCAUAAUCAGGGCAUUAUUUCGAUGACAAAAAUUAAGAAUUCGAUAAACGAUGUGGAAAGUAUAAAUAGGAUACAAGGUACCCUAACAAGCAAGUCGUACAGUAGCGAGCAUGGUAGGCUUCCCAACAGAAAAUGACUAUGUAGGGAAAAGAGACUCCGUCACUUCUUGGUUUUUGAAUGAUAAAUUUUCAAAUUUACAUAUUUGAUCACUGAAGAUCAAGUGGUGCAAUCCCCUUCCUCUAUGCUAGUCUUUAUAUGAAGGAAGCCUACGUUGCACCGGAGUGUACAUCUGUAUAACGUUAAGCGGACUAGUGUUUAAGGAUGUAUGUUGCCAAGGCAUGUGAAGUGAUAAUAAUUGUUAAAUCUAAUAAAACAAAAUAGCAUUUUGGAUGUCAACCAGGGAUAUAUAGCUUUCAGUGUUUUUGUUCUUGUUUUCAGUUUAUGACUGUACAGUUGGUAGAAAUAUCUAAGACGAGUAUGUUUAUAGCGAUAAUAAGUUCAAUUCGGUAGCAGUUCAAUAAUUUUACAAAUAUAUUUUAUGUGUUCAUUAAAUAAUCAAAAUGUUAUGUUUCAAGAUUUUUCACUUAAUCAGUCAACAUUAAUGACUAUCGCAAGCAAGUUCAUUAUUAUAAAUUGUUUAGCGUACGAUAUAAAAUGUAAUUAUUUUAAAAAAUUUUUCACUUAACGUUAAUAAAAAAUAAUAAUGUGUCAUUUGUAGAACACUAUUUGAAAUUUUAUUGACUUCUCGAAUGCAGGCAUUUGAGACCCUUUUAAUUUGAUAUUAUUUCCUGGAUAAUAAUUAUUAAUUACAAUUUAAGGUCUAAAUUUCUCUAUUUUGUGAACAAAUCAAUGUAAAUAUAAUGUCCUAGAAAAAGUACAAUGGUUAAUUAAAUAGCUUCAUUCUACCAGCUGCGCAAUCAAGAAUAUAAGUAAAAGAGAAAUAGAUAUAUUUCUUGUAUUAUCUUCUUUUUUUUCAUAUAAGAUUUAGUACUGUCAUCCAGAAUAUAAGUGGAAAACCAAAUCCAUCAGCACGUAACAUGCUCUGUAGAUUUUGUUAUAUAUAUAUAUAUGUUGUUAAUACUGUAAAGUUAAAUCGAAGUGUAAUUUCUAUAAACAAAAGAAAAGACGCUUACGUACGAAUUUUUAGAAGUUGAAUACAUAUCUUCUGUUAAAAAAAGAAAGAAUUGUAAAAUUUUACAUUUUGUAAGUAAGAGAAGUAUACUAUAUUUGAUUAUGUAAUUCUCUAAAUUAAAAGACUUUAAAAAUAGAACUUGUUUGCUCAUGGAUACAUCUUUUUUUCUGAUAUUCAGUAUACACAAUGUUAGCUUUACAAACUGUCAUAAGAAUAAAUGUUUAUAUUUGAUAUCUACUACUAAACUUAUUAGACAAUUUUUAAUGAGGGGUUGACAGUGCCUAAUGCUAUUGAAAUUACUAUAAAAAGAAAUGGUAUUUAUUUCUAACCCACUUUGGCAACGUUUUAAUUUAAUAUAAUUCUUCAAAGUCGUAUUGAAGAACAAUAUAUCAAAAUGGCAAUAAAAAUACAUCAAAUUGCUAAUAGAAACAAUAGCAAAUAUACAUAAUCAUCAGAAAAUGUUUUCAUUCCAAUAAAUUAAAUCGACUUGCAUGGAGGGAUGUACAAGUUCUUUUAAUCAAAAUUGAACGCUUUUAAUAUAAGACAAAAUUUGUACAUUUCAUAUUUAAUUUUUGAUAGAAAUUUGUUUAGUAUUGGAUGGAAACGAAUCGGGAAAAGAUGCAGAAAUAGCAAUGAUUCGUGAACAUUAUUAUAAAGCUAAUGUCAGUCACUUGUUACUAUCUGUAAGGAGUCAUAGUGAUUUGACCAAAUAUUAAAUAGAUUGUCCUAAACUAAUUAUCAGGAAGAUUAUCUUACAAAUUGAUCAGGUUUGUAAAUUGUAAAUACUUCAUGUAUAUUGGAAUCAUACUGUAUGUAAAUAUUGAAGAAACUUUUAAAGAGAUAUAUUAAUAAAAUAUGACAUAUCAUCUCUAUCAUUAAAUUACAAAUUUAUAAGAUUUAAAUAUAAAGGGGCUCCUAAAAGUUUCUAAUAUCAGUUGUAUGACUGAUUUUGAUUAUAUUAAAAUCUACUUUUAUAUAAAAUCAUGUUUAUUGUCCCUUUAUAUUUAAACAAUGUAUCUCAUGUAAGAUAAUCGACCUGAAAUUUUUUAUGGGGACACUAAAUAUCUAUAUUCUGCUCUUUGUAAAUGUAGUAGCAAAAUUGUAUAUCAAAUAGUAUUUAUUGAUUGAUACCGUUAAACGUUUAAUAAAUUAUUUUAUAAUAAUGGAGCUUAGCUGAGUCUCAAAGACAAUGAUGCUAGACGCUUAUUGGCUCCAAAGAGAAAUUAAUAAGAAAGUUGAAUGAAUCUAACACAAAGUGCGAUUCUAUGAAGAAUUAAUAGAUAAUAAGGAGAAGAAGAUGAUAGAAUAAGUAAUAUAAUUAUGAAACUUCUGUUAUGCAAAUAGUAAUUUUUUAAUCUAUCAGAAUUUAUUCGAUUAAAUUAAUUGAAGACAGUUGUAAAAACUGGUAUAGAGUAUUUUCAUUAAGAUGAUGAAUCUUAUAGAUUUAUAAGAAAAGUUUGUUUAUAAGUUUUUUUUCAUAAAAAUAUGGAAAAAUCAGAAAACUAUACAUUUCAUACUUUUGCACCUUUAAAAAGACCUAAAUUAUAUACUUUAAAAAUAGGAACUAGGGAAAUAAUAGUAUUCGAAGUU